AUGCGUUCCUUCAUUCUGUCGACGUUGGUCUUGGCGACCAACGUCGCCGCGCAGGCGGAAAACACGUAUACGGCUACCGCCACGAGCGACGUCGCGAAGGCCGCCGCCACGGCGAAGACUCUUAGCCCCGUUACCCACGUCAAGGGCAAGGCUUUCGACCGGCUCGCCAUCGUAUGGCUGGAGAACACGGACUACGACAUGGCAAUCGGAGAUCCGAACCUAGCGUGGCUCGCCAAGAAGGGCGUGACGCUGACGAACUACCACUCGCUGACGCACCCGUCGCAGCCGAACUACAUCGGCUCGAUCAGCGGCGACUACCUGGGCAUGCAGCACGACGACUUCACGCAGAUCGACGGGAACGUGUCGACCGUCAUCGACCUGCUCGAGGACAAGGGCAUCUCCUGGGGCGAGUACCAGGAGGACAUGCCGUACAGCGGCUUCGAGGGCUUCGCCUACGUCAACCAGCAGAACGGCAAGAACGACUACGUCCGGAAGCACAACCCGGCCGUCAGCUACAACGCGAACGCCCGCUCCCUCGACCGUUUGGCCGUCAUCAAGAAUCUGACCACCUUCUACAAAGACCUCGCGGCCAACACGCUGCCGCAGUGGAUGUUCAUAACGCCGAACAUGACGAGCGACGGCCACGACAGCGACAUCACCACAGCAGGGACCUGGACGCGCUCCUUCCUCGAACCUUUACUAAACGACAAGCGCUUCAUGCAGAACACGCUCGUCCUCGUCACCUUCGACGAGAACGAGACGUACACGAUCCAGAACCGGGUCCUCGCCAUCCUGCUCGGCGACGCCGUGCCCGCAUCGCUCGUCGGCACCCAGGACGACACCUACUACAACCACUACAGCGAGCUCGCCACCGUCGAGGCGAACUGGGACCUGCACACGCUCGGCCGCUGGGACGUCGGCGCCAACGUCUUCAAGCUCGUCGGCGACAAGACCGGGGACAAGCCCCGCUCCUGGUCCGGCCCCGUCCCGCUCGCCGACAUGUACUUCAACUCCUCGUACGCGGGGCCCCUGAACGAGGAGGUCGGCGGCAGCAAGCGGUACCCGGGCCCCAACCUGACCAGCGUCUGUGGCGGCGGCCGCCGCACCGUGCUCCCCAGCAUCAAGAAGGCGUGGCAGGGCAACCCCGCGCCCGUCUACUACGACUCCGGCCUCGAGGUUCCCGACGGACAGCACCCGCCCGCCGGGUACGCUCCUACUUCUUAA